CGUCGAUACAUAACCUGCUUCCCCGUCCGUCCGCUGCAUCCUUCGCUCCUCCUCUCUCUCUCUCUCUAUACCCUCUCGCUCGCAGAUGACUGUUGGGCCGCCGCCGCCCUAGGCCAGGUGCUGAGGCUUUUCUUGGUCUCUUCGCCGGCGACGAACACCCACCAGGACUGAUCUACACACAAGCCGCGUAGAGGUGAAGAAAAAACUUGACAAUGAGCAGCAUAGGCACAGGCUACGAUCUGUCAGUCACCACCUUCUCCCCUGAUGGUCGUGUCUUCCAGGUCGAGUAUGCCACCAAGGCCGUGGACAACAGCGGGACUGUUGUUGGGAUCAAGUGCAAAGAUGGCAUUGUCCUGGGUGUCGAGAAGCUGGUAGCCUCAAAGAUGAUGCUGGAAGGGUCAAACCGGAGGAUCCAUUCAGUGCACCGACACUCUGGCUUGGCUGUUGCUGGUUUAGCAGCAGAUGGCAGGCAAAUUGUUUCAAGGACCAAAUUAGAAGCUGCCAGUUAUGAAAAGGUCUAUGGAGAAGCCAUUUCUGUGAAGGAAUUGGCAGAUCGUGUGGCAAGUUAUGUUCACCUUUGCACACUGUACUGGUGGCUCAGGCCUUUUGGUUGCGGUGUUAUUCUUGGAGGUUAUGAUAGAGAUGGGCCACAGCUCUACAUGAUAGAACCCUCGGGAGUUUCCUAUAAAUACUUCGGUGCUGCAUUGGGGAAGGGAAGACAGGCUGCAAAGACUGAGAUAGAAAAAUUGAAACUUUCAGAGCUUACCUGCCGGGAAGGCAUUGUUGAAGUUGCAAAGAUAAUUUAUGGAGUGCAUGAUGAAGCGAAGGACAAAGCUUUUGAGUUGGAGUUGAGCUGGAUCUGUGAUGAAUCAAACCGCCAGCAUCAGAAGGUCCCAAAUGAACUGUUGGAGCAGGCCAAAGCUGCUGCUCAGGCAGCUCUUGAGGAGAUGGAUGCCGACUAAGAAACACGAUGAUUUGCCCAAACUUCGCUGCUGAUCCCUUUGGAGUGACCCACUGGACAUGGCCAAUUUGUCACAUAUAUUUUGAUCCAUGCCAUGUAAAACUCCGAUCAUGGAAGUCUAUUGACUGAUAUCAGAGCUGUGGUGUUUACAUUCUGGUGAACUCUUGGCGUGUUCAGACUUUUGGCUUCUGCUGUACCGGUUACGCAGACUGAAGUACUGGAUUGUGUGUGUUUCGGAAUCGUGCUCUAGACUUUUAGCUGUGAGAGAUUUACAUGUAUGGCCCUAAAAAAAAAAUGCCUAUUGUAUGGUUUUUUUUUGAACUUCCUCCUGUGGCCCUCAAAGGAAAUUUCAUUGGAAAUUUUAUUCCUUCUA